AUGCUCAAACAGCAAAAAGCGACCGUCUUUUUCCAACGCACCCGCGUCACUCUCGCCUCGUCCUUUCCCACCUCGUCCAAACUUGCCAAGAUGGCUGCCGAAAAUGAGCACGUCAACACUAGCCAGAUUAAACAAAACAGAGAGACACGGCCACCCUCUGUCUAUUUCCCUCUCGGCUACAAGGAAGCCGCCUACCAAUGGUGGACGAGCGUCACGCCGUCCAUGGUUGAGCGCAAAGUUCUUUCCUUCAUCCCGACCCUCCGAGAAGCUGCCGACAGCGCCGCGAACCCCAAUGCCUCGUCCACCCCCGACCCCUUUGGCACGCGCGUCUGGCGCCGCACCCUGGUACCGCUCUCAGGCAAGAACCGCGCCCUCAACGAGGUCUGCGUCGAAAAGAUUGGCGAGAAGACGGACGAGACCCUCGUCGUCGUCCACGGCUACGGCGCCGGCCUCGGCUUCUUCUACAAGAACCUCGAGCCCAUUUCGCGCAUGCCCGGCCUGAAACUCUACGCCCUCGACAUGCUCGGCAUGGGCAACUCGUCGCGCCCCGCCUUCCGCAUCCACGCCAAGGACAAGGAGAAGCAGGUCAUCGAGGCCGAGGACUGGUUCGUCGACGCCCUCGAAGAGUGGCGCCAAAAGCGCAAGAUUGAGCGCUUCACCCUCCUCGGCCACUCCCUCGGCGGCUACCUCGCCGUCUCAUACGCCCUCAAGUACCCCGGCCACCUCAAGAAGCUCAUCCUCGCCUCACCCGUCGGCAUCCCCGAGGACCCUUACGCCGUCAAUGCCUCCAUGCCCGACCCCGACGAGUCCACUCUCGAGAACGAAUUCACCCAGGACCAGAAACAAGUUACCGAGAACGGCCAUGACACCGCUCAAGCCGCCAAGGCUGCUGCCGCCGCAGCCGCCUCCCCCAAAGCCGAUAGCGCACAGCCCGCCGCCCCAAAGCGCCCGAUCCCCAGCUGGCUCGUCUGGCUCUGGGACGCCAACGUCUCGCCUUUUAGCAUCAUACGCAUGACGGGGCCCCUCGGCCCGCGCUUCGUCUCGGGCUGGACCUCGCGCCGCUUCAACCACCUGCCCGGCCCCGAGGCCCAGGCCCUCCACGACUACGCCUUUUCCAUCUUCAAGCAAAAGGGCAGCGGCGAGUACGCCCUCGCGUACAUUCUCGCCCCGGGCGCCUAUGCCCGACGCCCCGUCAUCAACCGCAUCCAAGAUGUCGGCCGCCAGCCCCUGCCCCGUACGAGCAGCAGCAAUGCGCUGGCCAAGAAGGAGACGGGCUUCCCCAUCGUCUUCAUGUACGGCGAGAACGACUGGAUGGACGUGGCCGGCGGCCUCGCCUCAGAGGAGAAGCUCAAGAGGGCGCAGGCGGACGCGCUCGCCGGCGCGACCGACGAGGAGAGGCGCGCGGAGAACGGCAGCGUCAAGGUUGUCAUUGUCCCAAAGGCCGGCCAUCACCUGUACCUCGACAAUGCAGCUUUUUUCAACGACGCCCUGCAAAAGGAAAUGGACGACGUCGUCGCCACCUCGAAAAAGAACAAUGACUAUUGA